CUUAGAUCUCAUUUGAGGACUGGCUGCCAUUAUGGAAGGGUCUCUGGUUGAAGAUUCCUCCCUUGUGGAGUUUCCUUUGUGAGCCUACAUCUUCAGAGAUGGCCCCACGUGAAGCGUCGCCCCCGAGGCAGAGCUGGGAGUGGAGCGGCGGAGAACGGCGGGCGAUGCGCGGGGCGGUGGCUGGGCGGGAGCAUGCUGAGCCCCAGGAUCCGGCAGGCCAGGAGAGCCCGAUCAAAGAGUUUGGUGAUGGGUGAGCAGAUUAGGCCUCCAUCCAGACCUUCCUCUCCUAGCCCUCAAGAACGUGUGGUGAAAUGUGGCUGGCUGAAGAAACAGAGGAGCAUUAUGAAGAACUGGCAGCAGCGGUGGUUUGUGCUGCGUGGAAACCAACUCUUCUAUUAUAAAGACGAAGAGGAAACUAAACCUCAGGGUCUCAUUCUGCUGCAAGGAAAUCAGGUGAAUGAGCUGCCGCCUAAUCCUGACGAGCCCGGAAAACAUCUAUUUGAAAUUGCCCCAGCCCAUGUGACAGCACAAUGGGGAAGGAACAGCGAGGUUGAUAGCAUGCUUCUCCAGUGUCCGAAUAGAAAUCUAAUUGGUGGUGCAGGAGACCGGGAAAAGAUGCCUGUCAAUCAUGAAGCUUUCCUGCUCAUGGCUAAUUCCCAGAAUGAAAUGGAAGAUUGGGUGAAAGCCAUCCGACGGGUUAUAUGGGCUCCUUUUGGUGGAGGUAUUGCAAAUAGCUCACAUGCACAUAAAUUAAAACAUUUGCCUCAAGGGAUCUUUGGACAGCGAUUGGAGGACACUGUGCAGUACGAGAGGAAGUAUGGCCAGCGGUUAGCCCCACUGCUGGUGGAACAGUGUGUGGAUUUUAUUCGGGAGCGAGGACUUACAGAGGAGGGACUCUUUCGGAUGCCUGGGCAAGCCAACCUUGUCAAAGAUUUGCAGGAUUCUUUUGACUGUGGAGAGAAGCCGCUCUUUGACAGCAACACAGAUGUUCACACUGUGGCGUCCCUCCUGAAGCUUUACCUCCGAGAGCUGCCAGAGCCUGUCAUCCCCUUUGCCAAAUAUGAAGACUUUCUUUCUUGUGGACAGCUACUCUCAAAAGAUGAGGGAGAGGGUACUCAGGAACUGGUUAAACAGGUAAAGAAUUUGCCCCAAGCCAACUACAAUCUCCUGAAGUACAUAUGCAAGUUCCUUGAUGAAGUUCAGGCUCACUCCAGCGUUAACAAGAUGAGUGUUCAGAACCUAGCUACAGUGUUUGGACCAAAUAUAUUACGACCCAAAAUGGAAGAUCCAGUGACCAUGAUGGAAGGCACCUCACUGGUUCAGCACCUGAUGACGGUGCUGAUAAGUGAACAGGGGAGAAUCUUUGCUGUCCCUCAGGCAGAUGUGCCAGGGAGCCAACUGGAAAUCAGACCCGUGCGUCCACGCAACACUGUGGAGUGGAUCUCUGAGGAGGAUGGAGAGGACAGCAGGUCAGAAAGCAAUUUUCCCAGCCCUGCUGAUCUGCCUUCUGACAAUGCUGUGGCACUGGAGACCACGCCUGGACCUGUACUGAAAAACGCCCCUCCAGAGCACAGCAGCAAGUUGGCUCAGCCUGCCACCAGCCCCAGCAAAAGAGUGCAGACGCUGCCUCCGUGGAAAUACUCCUUCCGCCAGCAGGGAUCACGGUCUGUGAGCCCAAAGCUGGGCAGCUCAUCCCUAGAUAUCCCCAACCUCUCCUCCAGUGGAAACUGGCUGAUGAAUGGACUGUACUCUCUCCGAGGCCACCGCCGGACAGCCUCUGGGGAACGAGUUAAAGACUCUUGUUCUUCUCAGAGACUUUCUACUUAUGACAAUGUCCCUUCGUCCAGCCUCUCCCUCAGCACACACAGUAUGGGCAGCACCACGUGGUCUACGUCAUCGUGUGAGAUCUCCGUGGUGGACUCGGUCAGCAGCUGCCCAGCCUGUCGGGCCAGUGACUCCUCGGUUUUAAGCUCUCUCCAAACCGAGUGGAUGACUCAGGGCUCACUGUCUCAGAGUGAGGUCAAGACUGCAGAUCUGGAGAACAGCAUCGACAGGUUAGAAGCCUGCAGCAGCAGCAGUGAGCAGAGCAACCUAGCUCCAGCUUCCAGAGACUCUGUCAGAUGCUCUAGGGCCUUACAGAGCUUGGUGGUAGAGCUAAAGACAGAACUGAGCAAACAGAGGACUGAGUACGAGACCAGUAUCAAAAGAAUUGAAGAAGCAAGUGCAGACCUGAGGAAGCAAGUGGUAAGGCUAGAAGAAGAACUGGACCAAGAACGGAAGAAAUACACAAUGCUGGAGAUAAAACUGAGGAAUUCUGAACGUGCACGGGAAGAUGCAGAGAAGAGGAAUCACCUCCUGCAGAAGGAAAUGGAAGAGUUUUUUUCAACAUUAGGAUGUUUAACUGGUGGGAGUCAAAGUGCUAAAGUCUCCAAAUAGAACAACCUGAUGUACAUCACAGAAAACUAUUUCUGGCAAAACCAGUGAAAGAAAUGCACAUUUUGUUAAGUUAUACUCAUGUAUCAUGAGUAAUUCUGCAGUGAUUGUGCUCUCAGUGACAUGUGCUCUGUUGUCUUUUCAUGUUCUGUAGUAUUUGGACCAGCUGGGAAUAGACUGCUGAACAUAAUGUUUGAACGUUUAGAUUUCAGAUUGCCAAGAAAGAGAGGACACACUUUCUACCCACAGGUCAAAAGGUUCUGGUCUCCAUUGCUGUACUUGUUCCAUCUUUGGAUUCCCUGCACCCUCCUUUUGCUGGUUCACAGACAAUGGAAAGGCAUGGAAGGUGGGUGAGACCCAGGAGGACUGCAGUUCUAGAAUGUCACCACAUUCAUUGUGGCUUAGUAUUGUGGAUUGAAUAUGAGGUUUUUUCCUCCCUACUCUCUACAUAAAGCUUGUUCAGAUAUCUCAUUGCUGAAAGUGGCAUUAUUUCAUCAAGAUGCUUUGAAAACAAUGUCUACUGAACAGCUGAAAAUACUGGAAAUUUUGACACUUUCACUACGUUAUCCCUUUGGUACCAAACAGUUCCACUGCCUCACAAAAAUAUGACUUAUUAAAGUGUACCUGUUUAACAAUCA